AUGAGUGGACGUGUGCAGAAAGAAAGUGGCGAUGAUUCUGAUCGCGUUGACGAUGCAGUAGAUCCUAGAGUGCAGAUUGAACUUGAAAGAUUGAAUACAGCUACUGAUGAUAUCAACAAACUUGAGGUUGAUUUGGAUGAAGCAAGAGCAACUUUUAGAGAACUACUUUGUGAAUCUACAUUAAAAAUUGAUAGUUUAGCUAAGAAACUUGGUGCUUGUAUUGAGAAAUCUAGACCCUAUUAUGAUGCCAGGUUCAAAGCAAAAGAAGCAUUACAGGAAACACAGAAGGCUGCCAUUAGAUUUGAAAGAGCCAAUAGUCAGCAUGCAGCAGCGAAAGAAAUGGUUUACUUAGCAGAAGAAGGGUUGAGAACAGAAGGAAGAUGUUUUGAUCAUGCCUGGCAGGAAAUGUUAAAUCAUGCAACUGCCAGGGUUAAUGAAUGUAAACAUGAGAGAGCAUUGUCAGAAGCAGAACACAGGCAUACUACUGCUUUGUAUCACAAAGCAGAACACGAGGUUCAAAGAUUACAAAGUGAAUUAAAACGUGCAAUUGCUAAAUCUAGUAUGGGUGCACGUCGCAGCUUGCUUCUGAUAAACAGUAUCGCCUACAGGCACAACUUGCUCAUGUUGCCAUAUUAUGAAAUGAAAGCGCAUUUUAAUCAAAUGUUGGAAGAGCAGAAAUUAAGAGUAAGUGCAUUAGAAAGAUCAGUGGGUGAAGCUAAGAUGACUUAUGCUGAAGCACUGAGAAAUUUAGAGAAAAUCAGUGACGAAAUCCAUAGGACUAGAAAGUACGAUGGAACAGAUGAGUUUGACAAACCGUCGGGGAAUACAGUCGACCAAAAUUCUACGCAAACUAAUGCAGGAACUCCGACAGAUUCCAGUGUUACUGGAUCACCUGAUAGUACCGAUUAUACUAGCGAUGAAUAUUUGCGCCUUCCUGAUAAGAUGAGUCCUAGUACACCGUGUCCUGUGCCUAUAAGAAUCGAUAAAGAACCUUCUUCGGAAUAUUUGGGCCUAAGCAACUUAAAUCUCUCCUCUACGGAACCUCGGAAGUACAUAAAGCGAGACCGUCCAAAAAGCAUCGCGACAACUGACACGAAACAUAUCAUAACAUUAAAUCAAACGAGUUAUUCGACUUCACGGCUAUCAGACUUAUCGAACAUUCUUUCGCCUAUAGAAAAGAAUGCGAAAAUACAAACGCCAGUUGACGCAACAAAGAACACUAAUACUGUUGUACAAAAUGGGGAGGAAUGGACAGAAAUUAGUUUAAAUAAUUCUCCAGACGAGGUGUACUACCAUAACGAAAUAUAUUCCGACGAAGAGGAUCAAAUUCCUUAUAAACCAUUACCGAUGGACUUAAGUCCAGAAGGUAUCAAUCCAGCAACAAAUGGUUCAAGUAUUCAACAAUUCAGCGAGGCAUCUAUUAGGAAGAAAUUGAUAACACAACUGUCGUUACCUACUAUGUCAAAAGGAAACGAAGUUACCUUAACUAACGAAAAGAAAGCUGAUGUAACGAGGAGUCCAUCGAUAAAAAGUAAAAGUAAACUCGACAGUAGUUUAACUAAUGAGCAUAAGUAAAACGUUAUAUCAAUUAUUAUAGCAAAUUCGAGUAGAAGGCAGUCUCUCGACAUGUUAUGGAGCGUUGGAACGGGAGAACGGGUAAAAGAAUUACUCAAUCAUGGGAUGAUGAUGUUGAACAUAUCUAGCCUUACGGACAGACGUUCCAAUGAACCAAAGACGGUAGAGAAAGAUAAGGAGAAGUGUGAAAAGUCUGAGAAGGUUGAAGGAAGAGGAAAGAAAGUUCCUAGUCCACUAGAAAAAACAAUGACCUAUUUGAAUGCGGAUGAAGAGACAUCCGACAGUGAAAGUUUAGCGAGCGUGGAAAUGUUGACGGAGGAUCAGAUUUCUUCGCUUAUGAUGGAAUCUGAUAUGAAUCAAGUGUGUCAAGAGAUUCUAGGAACACCUUUAGUCGAAGUGUGUCCAUUGUUGCAACAACUGCAACAGCAGCAAUAGCACUUCUUUCCUUGACG